AUGACCGAAGCAACCAAGAACCUGUCGACCGCGGCCAUGUCCAAGAUCCUCGAGGGCAAGAGCAACGAGUACUCGCUCCUUUACUUCCCCUUCCACGGUGUCGUCCCCGCCCUUCGUGCCAUGCUCGCCAUGUCCGGCGCCAAAGUCACCUUCACCCAGCCUGAUGACUGGCCCGUGGAGAAGAAGGAGACGCAGUUUGGACACAUGCCGAUCCUUUACGUGACCGACCCGACCACCAACCAAACCCUCCCCCUCACAGAACUCUCAGUCCUUGAGGAAUACAUCGGCCGCAAAUACAACUUCCUUGGCUCCAACUCCUACGAAGCCAACCAGAUCCUGGCCUACAGCAGCUCAACCCAAUCCUUGUUCGACAAAUUCGUCACCCUGGUCAUCCGCACCGCCGACCCCGAUCUCCGUGCCAAGAUGAUGGAAACCUUUGUCAACAGCUUCAUUGGCGAAUGGGCAGAAUUCCAUGAACGUGCUCUCCAGGCGAAUGUCGCUGCGGGGAUUGCAAAGAUGGGACAUUAUGUGGGCGAGGAGGUGUCGUUGGCGGAUUUGAAGACUGCGGCGGCUGCGAUGGUGAUGAUGAAGGUUUCUGGGGACAAGUUUAUUAGUGAGGAGAAGACGCCUGCGAUGAUGGAGGUUUGUAAGGCUGUGGGGGCGGAUGAGAGGUACAAGAAGUGGAGUGCUUCUGAGGAUAUGAAGUUGUUUAACGAGGUCACCAAGAAGCGCUUUAGUCUGUAA